CCUCGUGCUGCUCCGCCCUCGGCCCGGGAAGGCGGAGCGCACGGCCCGGAAGCAGCGGGACGCAGCCGGACUGGGGCCAUGGCGGCACCUGCAGCGGUACUGGUCAUGGGCGUGAGCGGCUCGGGAAAAUCGACCGUGGGCGCCCUGCUGGCAUCCGAGCUAGGGUGGAAAUUCUAUGAUGCGGAUGACUAUCACCCAGAAGAAAAUCGAGUAAAGAUGGGAAGAGGAAUUCCGCUGAAUGACCAGGACAGGAUUCCGUGGCUUUGCAACUUGCAUGAAAUGUUACUGAGAGAUGUAGCCUCAGGACAGCAGGUGGUUCUAGCCUGUUCAGCUCUGAAGAAAAUGUACAGAGACAUCUUAAUCCAAGGAAAAGACGGUGCCCUUGUGAAGCAUGACAAGCCGGGGAAGGAGGGGAAGCUGGCCGAGGUGACGCUCCUUGUGGUCCAUCUGAGCGGCUCAUUUGAGGUCAUCUCUGAACGCUUAUUCAGAAGAAAAGGACAUUUUAUGCCCCCUGAGUUAUUGCAGUCCCAGUUCGAUACUCUGGAGCCUCCAUCAGCUCCAGAAAAAUUCAUCCAAAUCAGUGUGGACAAAACUCCUUCUGAGAUCAUUGCUAUAAUUGUGAAAGCUCUAAAAUGAAGUGUAAGUUGCUGCAUAGCAGCGGUGCAGAACAGAAUUAGCCAUAAAUUUCUAACUAAUCCAGAUGUUCCAGCAUCCUGUUUGCUACUGUAUUUUAAACUGUAAUUCAGGUGAACAAACCAUGAUGUGUUGAGAUACACAUGUUUGGGUGUAAUUUUAGGGAUUUGUGAUACUCUCUCAUCACGCUCUGGCACAUGAGAGGGAACUCUCAAAGUAAGGCUUCAAUUCAAGUUGAAAUUCAUGUGACCCAAUCAAGCGGUCAGAGGACAUUGUAUGAUCAAUGCUGAAAUCAUUGCCUUACUCAGAACAUUCUUGAUCAUGCCAUAUUCCAACAAAUAAAUAAAACUUGGCCAUCCUUGGCAUCUCUCAGAAACUGGUCUCUGGAGCAGAAAUGUGUACGAAUUCGACCACUCUCCAGCAAGUCAUUUCAUACCACAUACUUCCUAAUCCUCUGUCCUGGGGUCAUUUCAAGAUGAGUAAACGAAAAGAACAUGCAGUUCACAGAUACAAAAAACUGCAGAGAUGGAACUUGAGUGAAUGAGGCGACACACUGACCCAGUCUUGCCCGUCUCCAUUUUACAGACGCCUCAGUGGUGGCAGCCCACGUGCCCUCCUAGAAAAGCCACCUGUCACAGACACCAGGCCUGGAAGGAACGCCAGAGCUGCUGUGGCCAAGACAUGAAAGGAAACCUUCCAAUGAGCAACCACAUGCCAGCGGCAGCACAGGAGGUUCGAGAUGCUGGUGUGUUGCUGGCACACGGCUGGGCACCCGCUGGGGAAGCUGCAAUCUGGCCAGCAUGGGCUGGGCGUGGGCCCAUCCCCACACAGGGCUCCAGGAAGAUGCUUCCUUAUCCCACCAUCCUAAGCAGGGCCAUCGGACCUAGCUACAUUACAGGGCUGCUGCUUGGCUCUGGACAGAAAAUGAGUUGGAACCAAUCAACUUCUUUCACAAGGGCACGCAGUUUCUGUCCCGGGAACUGCAUGUAGAACACCUGCAUAGGGUGCCAGGGAUGGGCAGGGACCUGCUGGGUGGGUGCACCUUGCCUAAGAAAAUGUGGAGCCCUGGAUUUCCUUCUCUGGCCAGGUACUUGGGGCACCUCCUGCCUGGCUUCAGUUUGGAUCAACCCUCAUAUUUAGGGUGCAGUCGACAUACUCCAGCUGGAUGAGAAUCACCCCCAGCCGUAGAGGAAGGGCUCAGUCAAUCCACUGUCCCGUCCUCAGUGAGUCCACACUGGGUACUGUGAGGGGCACCCUGGAGGGUUUGAGGGCCUGCAACAGAAAGCCCUGGCUCUCAGGUGGCUUCACCUCAUGGUGGAAAGACAGGGCAUCUCAUGUCCUCGGGUACAGGCUGGAGUUCUAACUGAAGACAGUUCUUCAGACACAAAAAAGAGUUGGUUUUCAAAUAUCCUGCCAGACAUUCAUGUAGGGCCAAAUGAGAAAACCUGUUUAUAAUGGUAGGAGCACAUAAGCCAACUCUAUUUUAUACAUAAAUAGAAAUCUUUUUUGCAGUUUUAAUAUUCACUGAAAUUUCCAAGAAUGUAACAAAGGGACAAUUUUACUCCACUUUAUUUUUAACAAGAGUUGUUUAUCAUUUCAAAACAAAUCACACUGCAUCUGUCGUGAAUCCAACACAUGAACACCCAGCUGCACCCAGAAUUCUUCAUCCAGUGACCCACCGAUGGGCCCCAACCGUCACCUACUGCCACAUGUUUGUCUAGUAUAGCCACUGCACCCCGAAAGCCCAUUCACUUACUACACACUACCGUCCCUUUUGUCCUUUAGAGAUAGGGCAUUAUAUGCACUGUUUGCUUGGGUAAGCUUUAUUAAGGGGGACAUUAGAAAAUAUUAAUAGUUGCUUUUUAAAAAGGCAUGGAGUCUGGUGGGGUUGAGUACUACUACGGGGCUCUGUUCCCCAGCAAGGCCGCCAGGAGGCCAAUGUGUGCAGAAGUUCUGCCCUCUGGUGGCGCAGAGGGGACACAGCAAGUGCAAAGCGCUCUCCAGGUCCUGAGAACCCCUCCAAGCAGCCAAGGGUAAUGUCCGCGGGUGGAGGGCAGUGGAUGCUGCUCCCCACCCAGCCAUGACCACACCCUUGCCCAGCCUCUAUGAACUAGGAAGAAGGAGAAGGUGAGAACUGCUUGAAAUGGCUCAAAACAGAUGCUGAUGAAAGAUUUCCUCAACCCUGCAAAUACUACCUAUGACCCUCCCUAGCGGCACUUUCCAACCUGCCCCCCUCCGCUGGAGAGAGUUCGGGUUAAACAUUUCCCUCUCCUAUAAAGUGGGGACACCACUUGUCCCAUAAGACUGUGAUAACUGAGAUAAUGCCUGCAACGUGCUAAAACUAAAACCGGACACACAAACUAACCAACAAACAUUAGCUCUUGCUAUAUAUGUCAUCCCCUGGAGUCUGAGGGGUUGUGACCAUAGGACAAAAACCACUGCUGUCACUUCAACUGUGGGGGAGCUUAUGAACCCCUCCUGAGUUUGUCUGAAGUCUUCCUCCUGUAUCACUGCCAGGGUCUCCUUCCACCCCUCCCCAGCCCUUGACCAGGUCAAGUCAGAUGUUAUAGCAGCAUUAUUCACAAUAUCCAGAUGAUGUAGGUAUCUAUCAGCAGGUUAAUUUUUAAAACAUAAAUUUAAAAAACCACCAGCAGGUUAAGGAAUAAAAUGCAGUGCAGCCAUGCAAUGGAAUAUCAUUCAGCCGUAGAAGGAAAGGAGGUACUGACAUGUGCUACAAUGUGGAUGAACCAACACACAAAAAAGGCCACCAAUCCCAUUUACAUGAAACAUCCAAAAUAUAUAAAUCCAGAGUCAGACUGCAGACUAGAGGGUGCCAGAGGCUGGGCACAGAGGUAAGAGCAAUUGUUUAAGGGCUACAGGGUCUCCUUUCGGGGUGAUGAUAAAAGUUCUGGUUGAUGACAGUGUUUGCACUGUGAAUGUACUUUAAAAUGCUUACAGUAGUGAGUUCUGUUACAUCCAUGUCAGCACAGUUUUUAGCAAACGAGAACCACGGAGCUGAGCCGAGCUUAUUACCAUACGCUAGGACAGCAGGCUAGAAUGCAUGCUACCUUUUGGAGAGACUUUCCUGAGUAAAGGGGGCUCAGUCAAGCGUACCUAGUUCCUUCCACAAUAUUCAACAAUCAAGUUAUCACUACUGCCUCAGGAGAAAAAGUGAACACUGGGGAAGAAAACUGCUCCAACAUUUUCCUCCUUCUGGAAUGACAGUGGGUAGUAGAUGGAGACAGUGAUAAAUUCACAGAUUCACUGCGAUUCUACCCAUCAAGCAGCACGACCUGUGGCCCUCCACUCUGGGUGAACAGAAACUGCCGGACCGUUACAAUAUGGGAGAAAUGACCCGGGGCCAGUUUUGGGCCCGGACCUUAAAAAAAAUGGACAAUUUUCGUUUUUCUUAAAAUACUUGGUCUUGAAACCCAUCUACCAAGUAGGCUGUGGACAGGCUCAUGGGGAGCGGAACUGGGACACCAGCUGCACCCCCCCCCCCAGUGGAGGCACGGAGCAGUCACACAGCCAGGCAUGGAAGCCCUCUUGGAAGUCAGUUCUCCAGACCCAGUCAGAUCGCUCCAGCGGUGUUCACAUUAAGACCAGUAAAAACUGCUCAUUUGGGAAUAAAAUCAAUGACUGAUUUUGUUCUAAGCCACCAAGUGGUAGGGUAUUCCGUUAUAAAGCACUCAGUAACCACAACACAGGAAAAGUCCCUUCACUUUCUCGGAAGUACAAGGAGUGGAAAAUGUACCUAAAUAGUUUUUGGUUUUGGUUUUGUUUUGAAUCUACCUUGAAUACACAAUAGCUACUUUUUCUAUCCCAUUAAAGAAUUAGGUGCCACGUUCAGCUUUGAUCUUCUGAGAGGAAUUACACGGGGACCCCCUCUAUGCACUUAGCUCUGCUCUAAGCAGGGAGUGUUGAGGACAGGCUGGGUUGUGGAUCUGGGACAGGUUACUUAAUAAUUAGGGAAUCCGAAAGGCAGCUGUUAACGUGCGUGAAUUGAAAUUAGCACCUGAGGAUGCAUUUUGUCACACUGUCCCAGCUCUGGAAGAAUUCUCAAGCACAUUAUGCUUCAUCUCACUGAAGCAGAGAUGCCAGGCUGUCUCUCCACUUCUGAAAGGGUUGAACACAAAACAUCAAAACGCCAUCCAAUGGGCUGGGAAGGUGCCGCUCCUACUCACAAGGAAAGGCUGCUCACGGCUGAGAAAAAGAAACCUUCUUUCUCCCUCACAUUUUAGUUCAUGUCAGGAAGUGCCUACUUAUUCACCUACCUAUUAAAGCUAUUCUGGGGAUCAAAAGCUAGUGAUGACUUUCUUUCUCUUUGUUUUGCUGGAAAAC